AUGGGCAGAAAAGGUACGGACAUGGCCACCGAGAAAGAACUUGAGAGGCCGGGGGUCCAAGACCUUCAAGGAAAUGCUGCUAGUGAUCCUAACUUCGACUAUGAGAAGCAGGGAUUGGCCCGCAAGAAUAAAGGGGGAAGUAGACCAUGGAAGCAUCGCCGCAACAUCGCUGUAAUUGUUUGCCUUCUGCUGGUGAACCUUUUCUUGCGCUUUGACAAGAAUACAAUGUUUGGAGCCAAAGUACAUGGCGAUUUGAGCUCGCCGCAAAACAGAGUACAACACUCCUUCGAGGUCACGGUUGAAAAAUUGCCCAGCACGGACCCUGUCUUCACGCAGCAUUUGCUCAGUUCUUCAUUCGGAGACUCCUGGGGAAAGCCCGCCAAAGCUCAUUUCGAGCCUUACAAUGGUGGGAAGUAUGACAAGAUUAUAUUGGAGCUAGUUACCAACGUUACGGGGCGGCAAUUUGACCGCUUACUUCAUGUUUUUAUUGACGAUAUUAAUGUGUGGAGAUCCUCGACCGUGGAACCCUGGGGAAACAGAACUAUUGUCAGCGAGGCGAUUAAGGACAUUUCACAGUAUAGGGCUUUGUUUGAUCGUGAGAGCCUGGAAAUUACCUUGCAACUUGACAAUCUCGUGACCCAUAGGUUAACAGGCGUAUUCAACGUCGAACUCCGGGCCCACUACUAUCAAACCAGCAAUGAUACUGAUGUCAGUAAACCUUCUCUCCGCGAAAAGCUUUUGCAGUAUUUCACUUCUCCUGCCAAUCUCAUUACUCCGUUGGUAUCUCACUUUUCCCGCACCCCACUAUUUUACUACCCACGGGCUUCGCAGGGGAACCCACGCUGGUCUCGUAGCCUACCAGAGCUCGAAGAGUCUUCAAAUAUCUCCAGAGCUAUGAUCGAAAUAUUUGCUUCUGGAAACGCUGCAGAAGAGUUUUGGUACACAAAUGUCCUAGAUCGCUUUACGAACAGGUUUCGCAAGUCUGGGCAUGAGCUUCUUGGUCACGGUCCUUUCCGCGCUAUCAAGAUAUAUCUCACCAACUCUGAAAAGGAAAUUUUGGUCGAUUCUGUAGUGCCAACUCCGAUCAUUUUUACCGGGUUUAUCCCACCUCUGUGGCGGCCUUGCGUUGGUAUGAACGCUUUUGACCUUGAAAGUUACAAAGUGGAUCUUACGCCUUUCCUUUCUUUGAUCGAAGGGGAGUCUUGGGAAUUGCAACUUGAAGUUGUGAGCAGCGCAAGCUCCAACUUCAAACCGACUGUAGGGGAGAAUUGGAUUAUUUCUGGUAAUGUUUUUGUCUGGAAUAACACACUGGACGCAACACAACCGAGCUUCACCAACUCAUCAAUGCUUCCAUCGUCUUUUGACGUGUUUGUCAAUGAUUCCAAGCCAGAUGAGCUGAUACAGAACGUUUCAGCAAAAAACGGCGUUCUCGUUGAAAGCACAAUAACAUUGGACGGUGUGGAGUAUCAGCUUCAUCAGACUGUCGAGAGUACUUUCACAAGCAACCAAAAAUACUUGGAAAACGGUGACGUCGAGAAAACUUUUGUGGACCUCUCUAAGGAAAGAAAAUGGGUCUUCAGGAAAGCCGAUAAAGACCUUUUUGAAUUCACGGACAGAACCGGAUGGGACUUUGUUGGAAGCGUCAAAACUUUUACUUCCGAGAAAGACUCUUCUCAAUUAACAUACGCCGCCGAUGUGGCCCGUUCAUUGGAGCGUCACAUUACUCUACAAGAGAAGGAUUCAGUCGGACACCAGGUUGGAAACGACAACGUUCUUUUGUCUUUGGCAGGUUCACAAGUUGGCCAAGCAAACUAUACCUUGUCUUCAAAUGGCAACUAUGGAUCCGGAAACAGCGUGCAUUCGGUUUGCGUUGAGCGCGCGUGGCCGUAUGAGGAUAAUUACGAACGUACUGUCGUUGUUGCAGACAAUGAAGUUGUCUUGGAUGACUACAAAUGA